CACUUUAAAUUUAUAUGUGAAAUAUCUUAUGAGGGACUCUUAUAGAAUUUUUUGCCACUAUUUAUCUAUUUGAAAGGGAAACCAAAUGUCUCAGCUGUCUAGUGGCAUCAACGAAAGGCUUGCUUUCUUAUCAUCCGCAUCAAUUUGCCCUUUUAUCUUCAAAAUAAAUGAACAAUUACAAAGACAAAAUAAGAAAGCCUAUGAACCAGAAAUACUCGGUGUUGGUCCUUACUACCGCAAAAAAGUUAACCUCCAAAUGAUGGAAGUGCACAAACUACGGUACCUAGAUGAACUGCUUAAACGAAGAAAUGAGAGUGUGGAUAGAUACUUGGAAGCCUUGAAAAAUUUGGAGAAGGAAGCUCGGAAUUAUUAUGCAGAACCCAUUAAACUGAAUAAGGAUAAAUUUGUGGAAAUGAUGCUACUGGAUGGGUGCUUUAUCAUCGAGUUAUUUCGCAAGUUUAACAAUCCAACCUCAAGAUAUGAACACGACCCCAUUUUCCAAAUUCUUAAUAUUCGGAAAAGUAUACGACGUGACUUACUGUUAUUUGAGAACCAAAUUCCACUCUUUGUCCUCAUCCAAUUAAUUGAUAUGACCGAAAAUUCAAACCAAGGGAAUCCACAAGACAUCUUAGCUCGCUGGGCCCUCAAUUUUUUUCGUGCAACCAUUUCAAGUUUUUCGCGUUCACAAACUUCCAACAAUCAACCAACCACAAUUCCAAAAUAUAACGACCGUCAUCUUCUAAGCCUUGUACAUGAUGCCUGGUAUUCUUUAAUUGCUGAAAAGGGCAACGUUAUAGUGAUCCCACUAAGUUCUGGGACUGAUAAAAGCCACGAGUUCAUAAAAAGUGUUACAGAGCUUCGAGAAGCUGGGAUUAAAUUCAAGAAGACUGAAUGUUCCUCAUUGCUCGAUGUUAAGUUUGAAAAUGGUAUCAUGGAAAUCCCUCCCCUUCGAGUUGAUGAUGAUACAGAGUGGCUAUUCAGAAAUCUGAUUGCUUACGAGCAAUACAGUGGAGAAACUGGGAAUACUUAUAUGACCGACUAUAUGACUUUUAUGGAUUGCCUCCUCAAUUCCCCUAAGGAUGUCGAAAUACUUCGCCACUCUGGAAUUAUUGAUAAUUGGUUAGGUGAUGAUAAAGUUGUUUCUACCAUGUUUAACAAAAUGUGCAAUCACAUCUUGGUCAAUGUAGAUUCUGAAACGUUCUAUUAUCGGAAAGUGUUCAAGGAAGUUAACGAGUAUUGCAAGCAUCGUCGUCAUGGAUGGAUGGCUUUUCCAAGGUAUAAUUAUUGCAACAGCCCGUGGUCUAUUCUUUCAGUUACUGUGGCUACUGUGUUUCUGCUACUCACUGUGAUACAAACAGGAUGUUCUAUCUUACAAGUUUAGUUUUAAGUCAUGUUUUGAAGUUCUUAGUUAGAAAUUCUAGUCAAUUUGAAUGUUUUUUAAAGCACUGCAGUGAAG